AUGAGCGGACAGGCUGCGAGUUACUACAACCCGAACGAGGGGUCCGUUGAGGAGCCAGUGGAUGGUCCACCGGCCUCUUCCAAAAAGGCUGACGGCGUCAACAACGACUACCAAAAUGGUAGUCAGCCGUCGGGCGAGCCCAAGCCGCCGCCCUACGCGCAGGGCCAGCAUCCCCAGGAACCGCCGCCGCCGUACACCGAGUUCGACGAGGCUUUCAAGAUCGAACGGCCCAAGUAUAACGAUAUAUGGGCUGGCUUGCUGUUGAUCGCCGUGUUUCUCGGAUAUGUCGCAGUCUCCGGCGUGACUAUCCACAAGUACGCGACCAAUAAAAGGUUCAACGGAGACACCAUCUACGACGCAUCUAACAACUUCUCGCUCGACACCAAUACCCUGGUGCUAUUUAUCUUUGUUCUGUGCGUCGCACUGGUCUUCUCGUGGGCGUACUUCAUGGGCGCGCGCUACUUCACCAAGACUUUCAUAUGGGCGACGGGCAUUCUAAACAUAGUCUUCGCGCUGGCCACGGGCAUCUACUACAUUGCGAAAAAGGAGUAUGGAGGUGGAAUAGUUUUCCUCAUCUUUGGCGUCUUCGCGAUCAUCUGUUUCAUCAGCUGGAUUCCACGCAUCCCCUUCACUGCGUUCAUGUUGCAAACUGCCAUGGAUGUUGCGCGCGGGUACGGGCAUGUGUUUCUGGUUAGUGCCUUGGGCGGCAUCGUCACUGUCGCCUUUGCAGCUUGGUUUUCUGUCACACUAGUCGCUAUAUACGUUGCCUACGAGCCGGAUUCGACGGGGACUAAUCCGUCCUGUGCAAACGGCGGCUGCAGCACGGCCAGGGUCAUCGGUUUGGUGGUGUAUGUGACCUUUGCCAUGUACUGGUUCAGCGAGUGGAUCAAGAACACAGUGCACACGACCAUUGCGGGUGUUUACGGCUCAUGGUAUUUCUUCAGCAAGUCCCCCGGCGGCAUGCCCAGGGGCUCGACUCGGGGCGCAUUCCGCCGUGCGACGACCUACUCCUUCGGCAGCAUCAGCUUUGGCAGUCUAAUUAUCGCGAUCAUCCAGAUGCUCCGCCAGGCGUGCUCUGUUGCGCAGCGCCAGCAAGCUGCGCAGGGGAACCUGAUCGGCAGCAUCUUCAUGUGGAUCCUCGGCUGUAUCAUUUCGCUGCUUGACUGGCUCGUCACACUGUUUAACCGCUACGCCUUCUGCCAUAUCGCGCUGUACGGCAAAGCCUAUAUUCCCGCUGCCAAGGAUACCUGGAAUAUGAUGCGCAAUCGUGGAAUUGAUGCUCUGGUGCAGGAUUGUCUGAUGGGCCCCGUGCUGACUAUGGGCUCUACGUUCGUCGCCUAUGUCUGUGCCUUGCUGUCCUAUCUGUAUCUGCAGUACACCAAGCCUUCCUACAACACCAAUGGCGAGUUCACUCCUGUCAUCAUGGCGUUCGCGUUCGUCAUUGGUUUGCAGAUCUGCCAAGUGUUUAUGACUCCCAUCGGCAGUGGCGUUGAGACCAUCUUCGUGGCGAUGGGCUGGGAUCCUCAAGUUAUGAUCAAUGAUCACCCGGAUAUCUAUUACAAGCUGGUACAACUGUAUCCACAAGUGCAGCAGGCGAUACAUGCUUAA